AUGGUUGAGCCUGCUACUUCCUCGGAGACCAUUCCUAGACAUUCGGAAGACCCCAUGUCUCCCUACGAGAAUGGCCACAAGUUCUCUGACAGUGAGAGCGAGCUGUCGGAUCCCGCCGAACCUGUCGCUGCCGUAGCCUCGCCGCCUUCCAUUCAAGCCGACGAUGACCAUCAUCCAAGUGAUCAUCACAAUUCGAGCUCCACCGAACCCGAAGCUGAUGCUGAUGCCGAUUUCGAGAUGGAUAUGUCAACUCAGCUCCAUGAAGCAAAGUCCGAGCCCGAGGACCAUGACUCUUCUUCCGACGAAUCCAUAAGACCUGCCAAGAGAAAGACACAUCCUGUCGACGAAGAUGACUACAUGCGGACGAACCCCGAGAUGUAUGGCUUAAGACGGAGUGGUCGUGCUCGACCCACCGCCAAUCUAGCUGAAUCUUCAGGAGAGCAAGACUCGGAUUCAGACAUCGCCCCCCGUCCUCGCAAACGCCUGAGGGCUGGUCCUUCUCAGCGUUCCUCCAACCACCACACUCCCAUUGUCGAAUCUCCUACCGACUCCGACGAUGACUCCGACGCUUAUGGUGGCCGUCGCGCAAAACUUUCCAAGAAACAACGUCGAAGGUUGCUCCAGUCUGCCGAGAGCCUGACGCCUGCACAUGCCGAAAUUCGCUUUUCUACCCGUAGGGCGGGCAAAGUUUCCAACUACAAUGAAGACGACGACGACGAAAUGUUUGUUGAGGACGAUCCCGAUGUCUUGACCCCCAACUACUACGCCAAUGGAGUCGAGGACAACUCUCCCGCCAUCGACAUCGUCCUCAAUCAUCGGCUAAAGGCGGAUGUCACCACCCCUUCACAGGCAAAAGAGGAUUAUGAAUUCCUGAUCAAGUGGCAGCAAAAGGCAUACUACCAUGCUACAUGGGAGAGUCUUGAUUCCCUAGCUGGCGUCAAAAGUCUCCGUCGUCUCGAUAACUACAUCCGAAAGACCUUGAUGGAAGACAUUCGCAUCCUCAAUGGUCCUGGCAUUGCCAUCGAAGACAGAGAAAAGUGGAUCCUCGACCGUGAGCAAUACAACGACACCAUCGACGACUACAAAAAGGUGGAGCGAGUCAUUGGUGAUCGUGCCGGUGAUGAAGGCACCGAGUAUUAUGUCAAGUGGAAAGGUCUGUUCUAUGACCACGCUACCUGGGAGCCCUCAAAUCUCGUCUCUCAGAUCGCUCAAAAUGAGAUAGAUCGUUACAUCAAUCGUCAACGGGAAGAGUUCAAGUCUAAUGCCACCGAAACAAGUCUUGCAACUCGAUCAUCAUUCCAACCUGUCCGUGAACAACCCUCAUACAUCCAGAACGGCACCCUGAGGGACUUUCAAUUGACUGGAUUGAACUUCCUUGCCUAUAACUGGGUCAAAGCCAAGAACGUGGUACUCGCUGAUGAGAUGGGUCUCGGCAAGACUGUCCAAACAGUUGCAUUUCUGAGUUGGUUGAAGAACAAUCGUGGCCAACAGGGUCCAUUUCUCGUUGCCGUCCCUCUUUCCACCAUGCCGGCUUGGGCUGACACAUUUGACUUUUGGGCUCCUGACAUGAACUAUGUCAUCUACAACGGAAAUUCGACUGCUCGCAACAUCAUCAAAGAGUACGAACUGCUUCCCGAUGGCAGUUUGCGUCAUCCUCGGUUCCACGUUCUCCUCACUACUUAUGAGUACGUGCUUCAAGACUCCGUCUUCUUGAAUCAGAUCAAAUGGCAAUUCAUGGCUGUAGAUGAAGCACAUCGCCUCAAGAACCGAGACUCUCAACUUUAUGACAAACUCCGAGAGUUCAAAGCUCCUGCUCGGCUUUUGAUCACUGGAACCCCUGUUCAAAACAACUUGGGCGAACUCUCGGCUCUUUUCGACUUCUUGAAGCCUGGUGUUGUCAACAUUGAUGAGAACAUGGACUUGACGACUGAAGAAGCUAGCGCCAAGAUCGCUCAACUGACAGAAGACAUCAAGCCAUACAUGCUGCGUAGGACAAAACAGAAGGUCGAAAAGGACCUGCCACCAAAAACUGAGAAGAUCAUCCGAGUCGAGCUCUCCGACAUACAAUUGGAGUAUUACAAGAAUAUUCUCACCAAGAAUUAUGCGGCUCUGAACCAAGGCGCAAGAGGCCAGAAACAGUCUCUUCUCAACAUCAUGAUGGAACUCAAGAAAGCAAGCAACCACCCUUUCAUGUUUCCCAGUGCUGAAGAUCGUCUUGUGCCUGAUGGUGCCCGACGUGAGGAAGUACUGCGGGCGCUUGUCACGAGCAGUGGUAAGAUGAUGCUGCUUGACCAACUCUUGACCAAGCUCAAGCGUGACGGUCAUCGUGUCCUCAUCUUCAGUCAGAUGGUCAAAAUGUUGGACAUUCUCGGUGACUACAUGGAUUACCGUGGUCAUGCUUAUCAGCGAUUGGAUGGUACCAUUGCUGCUGCCCCGCGUCGCAUUGCCAUUGACCAUUUCAAUGCACCGGACAGUUCCGAUUUCUGCUUUCUUCUCUCAACUCGUGCUGGUGGAUUGGGCAUCAACCUUAUGACGGCUGAUACUGUUAUCAUCUUCGACUCCGAUUGGAAUCCUCAGGCUGAUCUUCAGGCAAUGGCUCGUGCUCACAGAAUUGGACAGGUCAAGCCAGUCAGCGUGUAUCGUCUAGUGUCCAAGGAGACCGUUGAGGAAGAAAUAUUAGAACGAGCAAGAAACAAGUUGAUGUUGGAGUUUCUCACUAUCCAGCGCGGGGUCACCGACAAAGAGACCCAAGCGAGGCGUAGUGCCCUCGUCGGUGAGCCUGGCUCAUCAAGCGAGAUUUCAAGAAUCUUGAAGAAGCGCGGCCAAAAGAUGUUUGAGCAAACAGACAAUCAGAAAAAGCUCGAAGAGCUCGAUCUCGAUGCAAUGUUGAACAAUGCUGAGGACUACAAGGUCGAGCAACCCGAUAACACCGAGGCCGAUGGUGGUGAGGAAUUCCUGAAAAGUUUUGACUUUGUCGAUGUGAAAGUGGAUGAACUGUCUUGGGAUGAUAUUAUUCCUAAAGACCAGCUAGAUGGUAUCAAAGCAGAAGAACAGCGAAAAGCCGACGAGAAAUAUCUAGCUGAAGUCAUCGAGCAGAACAAACCUCGAGUUCGAAACCAGAAUACCGAGGAUCGCGAAGCUCGGAAAGCCAGACGACAGGAACAGCGACAGAAAGAUGUCGAAUCUGACAGCGAAUCUGACGAAGGCCCUAAAUCUGACCCAUCACGCCCAUUGAGUGAAAGAGAGUAUCGUUAUCUCAUCAAGGGUCACCUCCGUUAUGGCUCAAUCGAUGAUCGACAAGAAGAGUUCCUCACAGAAGCUCGACUCAAGGGUAGGGAUAUCAAUGUCGUCAAAGCUGCGAUGCAAGAGGUCUGGGACAAAUCGGAACAACUCUUCAAAGAAGAGCAGGUCCGAAUGGCAGAGCUGGAACGCAAUUCUAGUCGUCCCAUUACCAAGAAAGACAAGAAAGCUGUCUUGUUUGAACUCCAUGGAGUCAAACGCAUCAACGCCGAAACCAUCCUCGACCGCCCUGGCGAGAUGCGCCUGUUGAAAGAAGUUACCACCAAGGAUGCCGAUUUCAAAUCAUUCCGCAUCCCGGACGCAACCAAAAAUGCGGGUUACAGUUGUCCUUGGGGUGCUCGAGAGGAUGGCAUGCUCUGCGUUGGGAUAACUCGUCACGGCUACGGUGCAUGGGAGAAAAUUCGCGACGACCCUGAUCUUGGUCUUCAUGACAGGUUCUUUUUGGAAGAGCAUCGUGUGGACAAAAAGGCAGAACGCGAGAAACUCGACGCCAAAAAUGCCAAAUCUCCCGGUGCAGUUCAUCUUGUCCGAAGAGCAGAUUAUCUUUUAUCCGUGUUGAAGAGCAGUGUUGGCAAUGAUCCUGUUGCCAAGCGAGCGGUUGAGAAUCAUCAUCGGAACAAUAAGAAACUGGAUAAACCCAGACAUAGUGAUUCUCCGGUCACUGGAUCGGCUCGCAAAGCACAUCGCGAAUCUGACAAACACAGACGACCUGCUAGCCAGCCACACAGGGAUAGCACCGAAAGAUAUGGGACACCAAAGUCGGAAUUCCGCCACAACCACAAAGACCGUGAAAAUGAGAACAGAGAUCAUAGGGACAAGAAGCAUCGUGAUCAUGAAGGUUCUCAUCAUCGACACGGGAGUGACCUUCGGCGAAGUGAGGGUGCACCAAAUGGUAGCUCGACUGAUGUUGAUCCGCUCAUGGUUAUGCUGUUCAAGCCUGUCCGUGAAAGCUUGAAAAAGAUCAAGGCCACCACCAAGGGCGCCAUUCCUGACGGGCAACAGAGAGCGAAUGAGCUUCGAGCGUUGCUCAAACAAAUCGGUAACUUCAUCACUGAUCAAGUUGCAGACCUUGAUGACAACCAUGAAUCAGUUGAGAAGCGGUUCUGGGAUUAUGCUGCAACCUAUUGGCCAAACAAGGGCAUUCGGGGUUCUGAGCUUCAAAAUAUCCAUGGCAAAAUUGUGGCUUCUGACAAGAAGCUUGCAGGCGAAGGUUCACCAAAUGAUGACUCCAGUAAUGUUGAUGGUCGAGCCAAUGGAUCUUACCGCACCUCACCACCACAUUAG